CACUCUCAUCCGUCUUUAUUCGCCGUGAAUCCACCUAAUGUGUCAUUAGAGGUGAACCACGGAGCGUGUGGGUGUCUAACCAUGUAUGUUUGAGCUUUAUUGGAGGAGGAAACUAAUCUUGAGAAACCGCCGGUUUUUCGGAGAUUGGAAAUCGCUUGAAAAACGCUUCUGAGUGAGAGCUGGACACUGGAACUGCUGGACAAGAUGGAGGCUACGAUGGACAAGAGUAGAACUCAGCCACCAAAGGACGGAACACGGAGAAAAAGCAUUUCUCCACCUCCCUACAUGUCUCCUCUAAGGGUCGUGCUGCUGGGGAAAACUGGUUCUGGAAAGAGUGCCUCAGCAAACACCAUCCUGGGGAGAAACGCUUUUAAAGAGGACUUCUCACCUGAAUCUGUGACUGAAACAUGCAGUAAUCAGCAUAUUCUAGUGAAUGGUAGAGAAAUUACAGUGAUUGAUACACCAGGAUUGUUUCAUACAGAAAAGCCUACAGAAGAGUUCAAAUGUGAGAUGGAGAAGUGUGUUGAGAUGUCUCUCCCUGGGCCUCAUGCCUUCCUGCUGGUGAUCAGAUUAGAUGUGAGGUUCACAGAGGAGGAGAAGAAUGCUGUGAAGUGGAUCCAGGAGAACUUUGGUGAGGGGGCACUGAAGUACACUAUAGUGCUCCUCACUCAUGGUGAUGUGCUGGAGGGGACACCAGUGAAGGAUGUUCUGUGCAGAAGUGCUGCUCUCUCAUCACUUACUAGACAUUGUGGGGGUAGAUAUCACGUCUUCAACAAUAAGAGUGAAGGCAGGACUCAGGUCAGAGAGCUAAAGGAGAAAAUUGAGGUCAUGGUGAAGGAGAAUGGGGGAGCAUGCUACACCAAUGAGAUGUACAAGGAGGUGCAGAGAAGAAUAAGAGAAAAGGAGGAGAGACAGAAAGCAAAAAUAAAAAAGGCAGAGAUGGAGUUAAAAGAGGAGUGGGGAGAGGCAGAGAGGAAGAGAUUUGAAGCAGACAUUAAAGCCACAGAAGAAAAGAGGCGGAGAUUCGAAGCAGAUAUGAAGGCCGCGGAAGAAAGGAGGCAGAGAUUCAUAACAGAGAAGGUACUACUUUGCUCUCAUGGUUCACGUCCUGAAUGGCAUGUACACACCCGUAUGAUUUGA